AAGAGGAGAAGGAGGAGAAAGGAGAAGGGCCGGCGGGAGCUGUGCUCUGGCAUUGCAGGGGGCUGAGGCGGGGGGUCCUGCUAACAGGCGAGGCGGCUGGACGUGGAAGCGGUGAGACCAACAGCCCGGGACUGAAGGGGGAGGAGAAGCGAGACUGGAGGAGGAUACAAAGCCACAGCUGAAGAUUUGAGUCUUCCUCUCCAGCAAAGAGACUUCUAUUUUGUGGGGAAUGCCUUAUCUUUCCAGGAUAGAAACAGACCCCAUGACCUGCCAGUGGGGAUGCUGGCAAUUUUCAGGAUAGGCAUUGGAGUUCCUGUGCCAAACAGGGAAGGGUGGCGUGGCCAGUUCUGGCCCAUCCCGAAGUUGUCAGAAGCUGCAAGCUGGUCUCAGUCCAGAUCUUCACCCAUCCCACGCGCCCUCCAAGAUUGGUUUUCCUGCUUGUGGUAGCAACUUUCUGAGCACCUGGAACCAGGACCAGUCAGCUGCUGACAGCCAGCCAGUGGCCCACGGGCACUGCUCCUCCUCGCCUCUGGACUUCCAUCCCCAGGACUUUUAACUGGAUUUUUUUGCCAGGACUUCUGAGGAGCUGGGGCAUGGCAUCUUGAAGCCCAGGAUAUCCAGGGCCAUCUCCUGCUCUCUGUGCCCUUCCCCUUCUGAGCCCCAACCUUCCAAUUCAGGAUGGGGAGGGAGCAGGACCUGAUUCUUGCUGUGAAGAAUGGGGAUGUAGCUGGGGUACAGAAGCUGGUGGCCAAAUUCAAGGCGGCUAAGAGCAAACUCCUUGGCUCCACCAAGAAGCUCAACGUAAACUACCAGGAUACAGAUGGGUUCUCCGCUCUGCACCAUGCAGCCUUGGGGGGCAGCCUGGAACUGAUGGCAUUACUACUAGAGGCACAGGCCACAGUGGAUAUCAAAGACAGCAAUGGCAUGCGUCCCUUGCACUACGCAGCCUGGCAGGGCCGGCUGGAACCCGUGCGCCUGCUCCUGAGAGCAGCCGCUGCCGUCAAUGCUGCUUCCCUGGACGGGCAGAUCCCACUGCACCUGGCGGCCCAGUACGGGCAUUAUGAAGUGUCAGAGAUGCUUCUGCAGCAUCAGUCUAACCCCUGCCUGGUUAACAAGGCUAAGAAGACCCCGCUGGAUUUGGCCUGUGAGUUUGGACGACUCAAGGUAGCCCAGCUACUCCUAAAUAGCCACCUGUGUGUGGCUUUGCUGGAGGGUGAGGCCAAAGAUCCGAGUGACCCCAACUACACUACCCCACUGCACCUGGCUGCCAAGAAUGGGCACAAGGAGGUUAUCAGGCAGCUGCUGAGGGCUGGGAUCGAGAUCAACCGCCAGACGAAGACAGGCACCGCCCUGCAUGAGGCAGCGCUCUAUGGGAAGACCGACGUGGUGCGGUUGCUGCUGGAGGGUGGUGUGGACGUGAACAUCAGGAAUACGUAUAACCAGACAGCCCUGGAUAUCGUGAACCAAUUCACUACUUCUCAGGCCAGCCGGGAAAUCAAGCAAUUACUACGGGAAGCAUCAGGGAUCCUGAAGGUCCGGGCUCUCAAGGAUUUCUGGAACCUCCAUGACCCUACUGCCCUCAAUAUCCGGGCUGGAGACAUCAUCACGGUUCUCGAACAACACCCUGAUGGACGAUGGAAGGGACACAUACAUGAGAGCCAACUGGGCACUGACCGGGUGGGAUACUUCCCACCGGGCAUCGUUGAAGUGGUCAGCAAGCGGGCUGGGGUCACCAUACCCCGCCCCUCAGCUGGGACCAUACCUCUGCGGCCAAAUUUUGCCAGGACCCCUCAGUUGCCAACUGAUGACCCCCUGCACCCUCUCACUUAUAGCCAACUUCCUCGGAUUGGCAUUAGCCCAGAUAGCCCAGCAGCCAGUGACAGGAACAGCGUGGGCAGUGAAGGGAGUGUGGGCAGCAUCCGCAGUGCAGGUAGCGGUCAAAGUUCAGAAGGCCCAAAUGGACAUAACACCGGCCUCCUCAUUGAGAAUAGCCAGCCACUGACCCCUACUGGAGAAGACCUGUCUCUGCCUGGCCUGCACCCCACAUCCCUGCCAGAAGGCUUGAGCCACUGGUCUCUGACAAACCACCGCCCUAGGGAACAAAUCUUCAACCAGGAUGUGAGACCAGAACAGCUGCUGGAGGGGAAGGAUGCUCAGGCUAUUCACAAUUGGCUGAGCGAGUUCCAGCUGGAAAGCUAUACCACUCACUUCCUGCAGGCUGGUUACGACGUGCCAACCAUCAGCCGAAUGACGCCAGAGGACCUGACAGCCAUUGGGGUGACGAAGCCUGGGCACAGGAAGAAGAUUGCUACUGAGAUCACCCAGCUUAACAUUGCAGAAUGGCUACCUAGCUAUAUCCCGGCGGACCUGCUGGAGUGGCUAGGGGCCCUGGGGCUGCCUCAGUACCACAAACAACUAGUGAGCAGUGGCUAUGAUUCCAUGGGGCUGGUGGCCGACCUUACCUGGGAGGAGCUGCAGGAAAUUGGAGUCAAUAAACUCGGUCAUCAGAAGAAGCUGAUGCUGGGAGUGAAACGUCUGGCAGAGCUUCGACGGAGCUUGCUCCAGGGGGAGGGACUGAGUGGGGGUGGGGGUGGGAGUGGGAGGCGAGUGGCCGGGGGUCCAGAAGUGAUGGCCAUUGAGGGGUUGGAGAAUGGCGAUGGCCCUGCUGGACCCCGGCUGGUCACCUUCCAAGCCAGUGAACUCAGCCCUGAGCUGCAAGCAGCCAUGGCCAGGGGUACCCCAGAGCCGCUGACCUUGCCCCCAACCCGUUCCCCUAGCCAGGAGAGCAUUGGGGCACGUUCUAGGGGUUCUGGGCACUCUCAGGAACAGCCUACCCCUAGACCCAAUACUGGGCACCCCAGUCCCCCUCCGGAGAGGAAUCUGCCAGAGGGUAACGAACACCCUUCCAGCAAGGACACACCCCCCUAUAUGCUCAUGCAUCCCCAUAGUUCACCCCCUAGUCCAGCUCCCAUGCCACCUUCUAGUGCCUCCCGGGCCUUCUCCUACUUGUCUGCUUCCCCUUCAACUCCUCCUGACCCUCCCCGACCCAAACGCCGCUCCCACAGCUUGAGCCGCCCAGGAUUGACAGAAGGGGAGGCUGAAGGACCAGUGGGCAGUGCCUUGGACAGCUAUGCUACCUUGACUCGGCGCCCUGGUCGAAGCACCUUGACCCAGGUUAGCCCUGGCUCUGCUCUGACUAGAGGGGCUCCCCGUAGCCAGUCCUUUGCCUUACGAGCUCGCCGAAAAGGGCCUCCGCCUCCACCACCAAAACGUCUCAGCUCUGUCUCUGGUACCACGCCAGACUCUCUGUUGUCUGGUGGGAGUCCAGGGCCCGAAGAAGAAGCCGUAGCAUCCCGGAGACGCACACUGAGUGAACCAACUGGUCCUUCGGAUCCCCCCAGCUCUCCUGCACCUGGGAGUCCUGCUUCAGACACAGAAGAGGAGCGGGGUUCUGAAGGAACAUCCCGAUCCCGGGGCAGCUCUGGUGAGGGACUGCCCUUUGCUGAAGAAGGCAACCUGACUAUCAAGCAGCGGCCCAAACCUGCUGGGCCCUUGAACCGCGAGGUCUCUAUCCCCCCUGGACUUGACUUCAACCUUACAGAGUCAGACACUGUCAAACGGAGGCCCAAAUGUCGGGAGAGAGAGCCACUGCAGACAGCACUUCUGGCUUUUGGAGCUGCCAGUCCUACCCCAGUUGUCUCAGCCCCACUACCUUCACAGCCCACCAUGGAUUCCCCAGCACCUCCCCCACCCAGCUCCUCCACUCCCACCCCUUCUGGUCCUGCCUCUAACAAUUCACUGACUCUUAACACCCCUGCAUUCCCCCUCUCCACCAAUACCUUGACUCAGAUUCCUGGUCCCCAGUUGCCUGGGUCUGGCCUGGAGGACUCAGUGGCCACCCCUCAAAAGGGGGAGAUGUCCCCAGCCCCACCCUUGGCCCUCAUCAAAGUGCCAGUAGGAGGUAUGAGGGGAUGGCGGAGGGGUAUUAUGGGUUUUGAGAGGCCCUUUUUCCUAUUGCAGAUAACAGACUGGCCGUUUUCUUCCUCCUUAGGACCAUCUCACAAACCUGUGUCAGUGGCUUGUACACAACUUGCAUUCUCAGGGCCUAAGCUGGCUCCCAAACUUGGUUCUCGCCCCAUCCCCCCACCAAAACCUGAGAGUGGGGGAGCACCCAUUGCUGCUCAUGCCCAGCAGAGACUAGAGCAGACCAGCUCUUCCCUGGCAGCUGCCCUGAGGGCAGCUGAAAAGAGCAUCGGUGUUGAGGAUCAAGAAGGCAGCCUUUCCCAGCCUGGCGAUUCCAAACACAUCCUGGAUGAUAUCAGCACCAUGUUUGAUGCCUUAGCUGACCAACUGGAUGCCAUGCUGGACUGAGCUGAGACCUAGCUCUUCACGCAAAGGGCAGCAUGUGGGACGUCCUGGCAGUGACACCUUCGCUCCAGCAAGGAAGGAGUUAACAGUACAAAGGGAAGGGCCAGGGCCUUCGAGAAGCAGGAGCAGAACUAGAGUGCUGUCUUCCUUCCAUGCCUGCUCCUCCUGUAAGCCAAUACCUGUCAGUAACCACAGCUCCACCCCUGAACAGCCCCUAGCCUGAGGGGCAAAGCAAACUUGUUGGAGCCUGACAGGCUCAGGGGCCCCAGCUCCAGCACCUGGCAUUGUGUAAUCUGACCUGACAGCUCUGCCCCCUUGGACAUGGCCUCUGGGAAAAGCUUCCUCUCCAGGCUGUAAGGGACAAAGGCCUUGUGGUAUUUUAUUCCUGCCCAUUCCUAUCUCACUCCCAUGCGGAGCAGCCCUGACAGGCAAAAGAACUUUCCCCAGAGAAGAAGGACUAGAAGGGGUUCGAGAUGAAGGGAUGGCUAGGAGCAAAGUUCAACCCCCUAACCUAUCCGGGACAGUCUUCCUUGCUGUCCCAGCCGGACCUGUGUGUGUAUAUAGGACAUGUAAAUAGGCCACGCUGGGUAUGGCAGCAGGGCAUGGCACCGAGAAGCUAUGAAACCACAACCAGGUGCCCACCAGCCUCAUAAGCUUUCCCCUUCCCCCUACUGCUCUGACAAAGCUGCUGUGAUGUUGGGCAGGGUGCCCAGGCUGUGUGAUGGGCCUGGUGUUACAGGCCAACUUGUGUGUAAUUCCAGAUUUUUUAAGCAGAGAGAAAGGUGUAUAUUUUAAAUGAAAUAUUCUCUAUUAACAGGCAGGGAGGAGCUAACGCUACCUUGGGCCAGAGAAGUGCUCUGGUUAGGUCAGUAGCCCCCUCUCUCUGACCAUUAACCCCUUCCCAACACUAACUUCAAUGAAAAACUCAUUCCACUCGA